AUGAAAUUUUCGAGGUGUAACAACAAUGAAACUGAUUAUUUUGUCAUUCACCCUGAACUGUAUCCUAAAGAGGAGGAUGAAACAGCAAAGGAUCAGGGAAACACCUCCAAAGGGAUUCAAAGUAGGAAGAGUAUUGAACAAAGCACCGAAGGCAAUGUGGAGAAGAGAGAAAACAAGAAUGACGUUACAGCAAGUGAGAAUAGCACUGGUAAAAAGGAUGAGCACAAAAAUCAAAAGGAGGAGCAGAAGAAUCAGCAAAACAGGAAAAAAAGAUACAAGAGUAGAGGAAGAUCAACUGAGAAGCAGCAGGCUGACCAAAGAGAGGAUCACUCAAAGAUAGAAGAGCCAACAUGUGAUAAGACUCCAGCCAAGGAGAAAGAGGGUAGCAAUAGCAAGUCUCAAAAUUCAAAGAAACAGGAUAAAGAGUAUGCCAAACCAUGGGUUGAAGCUUCUUUUGGCAAACAGAAAGCCAAUCCUGAAAAACAAAGGGGCAACUAA